GUUUGAUGCAUCAACAGCAUAGAUGGCGUGGUGCUGCAUGUCGGCUUUUUGAGUUCAAAACAAACGUGACGGAGUAGGUAAUAAGAUGUAACGGUUGUACAUUUUGCUGUUCUGUUUGCGUAAGUACUGGCGUGUCUCUUGUUCGCUGUGUGCUUUUUCCACUGGGUGCUUUUAAAUGUCUCCGUGGAUUGUCAGUUAUGGAAGUUUAAUGCUUUACAUUUCCACGCCGUUCGCUCUGAGCAGGAAAAGUACAAAAACUAGGCCUAACGCGAGGCCCCGAGAAGCUCGGUGACUGAUAGAUGCGCAGCCAAUCAUACGCAAGAAUCCCGCCCCCGGAGACUCUUUCAACCAGUCAUAAUUUCCCACAGCGCUGACGUAAUCGAUGGUCUUUCGCGCUACGCCCACUGGUUAUAAAACACCGGACAAUAAAAGUGGCAAUAGAAGUAGAAGUGGUCAACAAAAUGAUAACCUUGAAGAUUGUUUUUGUUGUGUUUUCAUUGCUGAAUGUCUGCUUGAAAAAUUAAAAAGCCGUGGAGUGCGGUUUUAUCCGAACAUUACGGAAGGGAGCCUUGAUGUGGGCAGUAUGAGUAAGACGCCCCCUACCAGAAGAGGGAUAACAUUUGAGGUGGGAGCGCAGCUUGAGGCCAGAGACAGCCUCAAAAACUGGUAUGCUGCCAACAUAGAGAGGAUUGACUACGAAGGUGAAAAAGUACUUAUCCAUUACCGCCAGUGGAGCCACCGUUACGACGAGUGGUUUGACUGGACCAGCCCCUACCUGAGACCAGUGGAAAGAGUCCAGCUGAGGCGGCAGGGCCUGCAAGACGACUCUCCUGUACCUGGCUUUCAUGUGAAUGACAAGGUCCUUGCCAGCUGGUCUGACUGCCGUUUCUACCCCGCUAAGGUCAUUUCGGUCAAUAAAGAUGCAUCUUACACUGUGAAGUUCUAUGAUGGUGUUAUCCAGAAAGUGAAGGGAAUACACGUGAAGCCUUUUGUUAAAGAGAGAGGUGGUCCUGGUGGAGGGAAGUCUCGGUCCACUGAAAGGAACAUGGUUAGGAGGGCCCCAAACCGUAGAGACAGGAGGUCUCAGGAGAACGGAGGUCCAAAAAACAAGCGAGCCAGACGCAGCACCUCUGACCAGGAGGAGGACAGCAACAGUGAGGACGAAGAGCGUGAAGAGACAAUGGUUAUUGAGAAAAACAAGAAAACAAACGGUGAAGUGGAUGCUGUACCCAGUAUCAAACAGGAAGAGGAAGUAUCAGAGCAAGCAGACCAGAGCAAGCCCAGAGAUGAAGAAAAGGGAACAAGCCUCACAAAUGGGGUGAAGGUGGAAGAAGAUGCUGAGCAUAACAAGGAAAGAUGCCACAUAAAUGGAGAGGUAAAAAAGGAAGAGGUGCAGUUAGAAGAGAGUGGAACAAAGCCAUAUACAGAAUCACCUAAGCCAUAUGCAGAGUUGCCUGCUCAGACGUCAGCACAGAUGGAGCAGGUGUCUGUCACUAUGACAACCACAGAAUCCAAUGGAGAUGUGGAGCAGAAGCCAAACGUCCAAUCAGAAAGCUCUCAGCCUGCAGCUGAUGUGCCACCUCCACAGCCUGUGAAACCGGUAAGGAAGCAGGGCUUCCACAACCCCAACAGAUUCAGCAGAGAACCACUGUACCGAGUUAUCAAAAACCAGCCUCCCCCCGUCCUGUCCAUCAACCUCGACCACAACCCAUUUAAGUGCAGUGCUCCCGGCUGCACAAAGUCAUUCCGUAAGGCCAAACUGCUGCACUACCACAUGAAAUAUUAUCACGGAGAGGAACAGCCUCUGGAGGGGGAGCGCAGCCCCACCAGGAAUGUCCAGACCAGGGCCUCGGAGAAACAGAUUACUGCCACCAGUUUGGAUGGCCCAAAGAGAAGACGAACCAUUUCUGCCUCUAUGCAUUCUGGAGGAGCUGCUGCAGCUCCUCGUGGUGAGGUGAAGACUGCAGGUAGGCGCACAUCAGCCCCACCUGUAGUCAACACCCAAGGCCAUCAGCAGAGGGCACUGCUGAGGGAGAAAAGCAAGGAGAACCAGCUGGACAGGAAUGGAUGCCAGCAGCAGGACAAGGACUCAGACAAGAGUUGCUUUGACAUUGGGUCGCUAAAAGACAAAUUGAAGGAGAAACCAAAGCAGAAGGACUUCCUCCGCAUUAAACUAAAGAAAAAGAAGAAGAAAAAGAAGGCCAAGUCUGACUACACAGGUAGUGAGGAGAAUAUUGACAUCUCAGUAUUGGGUCUUCAGUCCAAAUUGAAUUUGCCACUCAAAACCCCCCCCUCACACAAUCACAAGCCUGAGGCCUACCCCUGCAGGCCUGGAUACAGCUACUCAGAACAGAUACAUGUGGAUGAUGAGGAUAGCAUCAGUGACUGGUCCACCGACAGCUGCGGGUGGAGCGACGAUGACUUUGGGGUGGAUUUGGACUUGGCUACGCCUCCGCUGAGCGUGGACUCGGGUGCUGUGGACACAAAUGACCAAGAGAUCGUGCGAUGUAUCUGUGAGGUGGAGGAAGAGAAUGACUUCAUGAUUCAGUGUGAAGAUUGUUUGUGCUGGCAACAUGGCACCUGCAUGGGUCUGCUGGAAGACAAUGUCCCAGACAGAUACACCUGCUACAUUUGCAGAGACCCACCAGGUCAGAGGCAGAGUCUGCGUUACUGGUAUGAUCGUGAGUGGUUGAGCAAUGGCCACAUGUAUGGCCUGUCCUUCCUGGAAGAGAACUACUCUCACCAAAAUGCUAAGAAGAUUACCACCACCCACCAGCUGCUGGGAGAUGUACACCACCUGGUAGAGAUCCUGAACGGACUGCAGCUCAAGAUGAGCGUCCUACAGAGCAACACCCACCCCGACUUGCAGCUGUGGCGGCAGCCCUGGAAGCAUUUGGAGAGGUCACGAACCAUCUCUGACUCAUGUCGUGGCAGCGAUGCAGCUCCAUCUCCCGUGACUCCUGAUGAGGACAUGAGCCGAGGUGAGAUUUUAAUGUCCAACGCGCUGGAGAAGCUGAGCCGGGCUGCCACAGCUGCUGCCACCCCCUCUUCGUCCUGCUCUUCCUCCCCCUUCCCAUCCUUCCAGGACUCAUACAUUACCAGUGAACAUUGCUACCAGAAACCACGGGCAUAUUACCCGGCGGUGGAGCAAAGGCUGGUGGUGGAGACUCGGCAGGGUUCAGAGCUGGAGGACAGCAUGAGAAGCACAGAGGAACUGUUGGAACGGGAGCAGCGCUACGGAAGCCUGUUGGAGACCGACAAGCCCAAAUCAACAGGCACCACUAACAAGGCUUCGAUGGGUGGCUCUUGGUUCCAGGCUGAGACGAAGGAAGAGGAGGGAAGAGAUCCUGAACAGGCUGCAGACAACAGCAGACAGCAUCAGCAGAGGCAGAUCAAUCUGUUGGAUCACAUAGAUGCAGUGCAGGAUGAGGUCUCGCACAGGAUGGACUUCAUCGAGAGGGAACUGGAUGUGCUGGAGAGCUGGCUGGACUACACCGGGGAGUUGGAGCCUCCUGAACCCCUGGCCCGUCUGCCUCAGCUCAAACACCGCAUGAAACGCCUGCUGACACAGCUGGACAAGGUGCAGCAGAUCGCCCUGUACAGCUCCACGUGAGGGCGCCAGAGAACAGCAGUGGCCUCAGUCCCCACACAGCAUGCAGGAAAAGUGCGGCACAGGAAGCUCACUAACAAUAUUACUGCAAGUGCAAGACUUGGUUCGUUCGGCACUUUCUCUCUGAUCUGAAAUCUGCUGCUGUUUUCCUUUUUCAAAAGGUUCUGUGUGGAGGAAUCCUAUGCUACAGCCAGUCAGUGUCUCACAUGAAUAUUUUAAUGGACAUUUAUGGAAAGUCAGCAUCUUAAAUCAGGAUCUAUCACAUAAAGUAACCUCGUACGUGCAGGGGAAAAUCCUUCGGACCAGAUUAAACUGCUAUGGUUCCCAUGCAACUCUAAACCUUAUGAAUGCCUUUUGUCUGAGCUACUGCGUAAGGUUGCCCUGUCUCUCUCAGUACACAGUGCUUUAAAUGCAGAAGCUUUAUAUCCAAAAUUGCAGUUGAGUUCCUGAACUUACACAUUGUUUUUUUUUUUGGAACAUGUUUUCAAAUGGUCACCAUUUUCUGAGUUUUUCUCAAAGUUCAGUUUUGGUUAUGUGUCCUGACAUACUGCAUUAAAACUCUAUGUACAAGCGUUCUCGUCAAAUCAGUUUUUGACGUACUCAAGGGUUUGUUUUAUUCUACACUGUGAAGUUAUUUUUGUCUGGAAUCAAAGGCAUCAUAUUUUCACUUUUAGACACGACAGCAAGUGUGAUUUAUGUUUCGUCUAAUGCUUCUUCCCUGUCAGUCCUCUCAUUCAUUAUACUAGUUCUAUUCUUCAUGUGUUUGUCAACUGCUGUAUCCCUUACUUCAGUUUACUUUUUUGUGUUGUUGCUGUAGCACUCUUUUCUUAACUUAGCAUUUUGUGCUUUGUCAGUGACAAAUACUACUUAGUCGACAUGUAAAUUUAUUUUUUUUUCUUUGUUCUGUUUCAUCUGUUUAUUUGCAGUAUUUUGGUUUGUAAAUAUGUUAUUCAAAAAUAUGCUCUUCUGUAUUGAACAUUCUCCAAAUUCAGAUAUUGUAUGCUACUGUUCUGUACGUGUCUGGCUUAGAAGCAGGGAAAUGUCAAAAACAAUGCAAACAGAUUUGCUGGUACAUAAAUAAACUCAUUGUUAUUAAUCAC